AUGCAGCUACUGUCGGCAGUUGCCAGAACGUUACUAUUAUUAUCUGUAGCUGUACGCUCAUCUGUCUGCGCUGGACCAAAAAAUGUUUUUAUGAUUUCCAGAAAUGGCCGUGAAUUUCCAUUUUCAGUGUUUUCCAAUUCAGUAUUUUCUGGAGAGAACUAUACGGAUGAGUGCAGUGACGAAGAUGGGUUUCUAGAGAACUCUGGAGAAUUUAAUCCAUAUGGUCCUUUAGUACCCUGCGAAUUUUUGGACGAAAGGUUCGUACUCUAUUUUAACUUCGUUCCUGGCUCUUGCCUAAAAUUUGGUGGAACUCGCUACGAUCAGGUGGAAAGAACUAAUGUUUCUUGCUAUGUUUUACCAUGCAUAGAGUGCCACGGGAACCGAGUGUUUUAUCGUGAAGUACCUUGCAUAAAGUAUACUGGUCACUACUUCCUUUCGACAGUUUUGUAUUCUGUCUUUUUGGGCAUGCUUGCAGUGGAUCGUUUUUGCUUGGGUUAUUCAGCAAUCGCAGUGGGCAAACUCAUGACAUUAGGGGGGUUAGGUAUAUGGUGGUUAGUUGAUAUUUUUCUACUGUUAUCCGGACGUCUUAUGCCAGCGGAUGGUUCAAACUGGCAACCGUAUUAUUAA